CUCUUUGUAAGGGAGUCAUUUAUUUCACAACAGACAAAAGCACUUCAGGUGUAACAGGUUUAUGACAUAAAAGAGGUGUGAUAUUUCACUCAAUAAAAGGUCUGUGUUUUAUCUGCCACUGAAGAACAGCAGACUGUCAGCAGAACGCUCUGGAAAAAGGACACAGGAAUUUAUCGACAAUUUUUGACACUGCUGUCACACAAAGAUCUCUAUUCUAACUGCAAUAAGACAAAAUAAAACAGGAUUAAUGAUGUACCAAUUACCUUCAUGCAAUCCCAGUAAAACAAUCUCAAUUCCAACUGAACUUAGAGAUUCACUAUCAUGCCUCGACAUUGUAUGGUCCAAUAUCUUUGAGACUGUUGACUCAAAGAUAAAUCCAGACAGAGCUAGACAGUAUGAGGUUGACUUUCUCCAAGGAGCCCCACCAACAUGGCCGAAUUUUGACAAAUCAGCAAACUUACAAUUGGUGGAAAGGGACGGCUUUAAUGAUUUAAUACAGUUAAUUGAGGAAAAAAGAGAAAAAAGCUGUCUCAUCACUGAUGUUUCUUUACAAUACCAGCCUGGCAGUGGAGGAUCAACCCUCGCCAUGCAGGUGCUUUGGCAUUUCCGGAAAGAUCUCAGGUGUGCCAGAGUGAUCGAUUCUGACUUAGACACCAAAAAGCUGUCGAAACAAGUGGUGGACCUUUUUCUGCUGUCUAAUGAGAAACAUGCAGAACAAGAUCGGAAAACUGUGCUGCUGCUGCUAGACACCAAGGAAAAGAUGGACAAUGAUCUGCCUAUCAAGAAUGAUCUCUGGGAAAACCUGAUUGAAGAAAUACAUAAUAGAGGCAUCAGUACUCAAACUCCAGUUGUGAUCAUUUUGAACUGCAGCACUGCAGACUUCAGUCUAAACGACACACUGAUUCUUGACUCCAAACUCUCUGAAGAGGAAAUCAGACAAUUCAAGGAAAAACUGCUGCAACAGAUCCGACUACAGAGAAAAAGCCAGUGGGAAGUUACAACCAUAAAUCUGUUGUACCACAAAGACAGCAGUGUAUCAGCAGUAGUCAGGGAGGUACUGCAGGACCUGAGGGAAGAGUUCGCCUGUGAAAUCCUGACAGAACCAUUCACAACAGAGAUUACAGAGAAUAAAGAAAGGUUUACAAGACAGAUUGAAGAUAUGGCAAACAAACUGCAUGGAAAAUAUGAAACACAUAAAAAACCUGUGCUUCUCCUGUUGGAUCACAAGGAUGAUAAGUCACUACGCUACUUAUUAAAGAAUCUGCAGUCAAAGCUUCAGCGCUCUGAUCGACCUGACCAUCCUGCAUUCAUCUUUAUUAAUGCUGUGAAGAAGAGCGUUGUUCGAGCGCCAGGCCACGUGAAGCUGAAACUGGAGCUCUUACCAGAUGAGAAGGAGAAGUUUGCUCAGAAAAGGCAGGAGAUUGAAAAGAAACACAAGAAAAUAUCAAAAACGUUUCAUGCAUUUUACAUAAUGCAGGGAGGUUUCCAGAAAGAGGAUGCAGAGAAAGUCAUCACAGAAGAAAUGGUCAAUCACAUUGGAAAAGACAAACAGUCGAGCAGCACAAGACUUCUCAGUUUUUUGGCUUUGAUAAAUUCAUAUGUCCCAGGUUCACACUUGUUGAAGCCUUUGUGCAAGAAAUUCAUUGAGCAAACAGAAUGGCCCACUGAUGAGGGAAAACCUUCAGUGGAAAUGAUAAUGAAGCCUUUCAUGGAUCUCAUAGUCAUUUUCUCUGAUGGAGAGCAAAACUGCAUACGUCUGAAACAUCCCAUGAUCGCUGAUAUGUGUCUGAAAAUGUUCACUGACAACAAUCUGACCAGAUCUGACAUUACUCUUGACUUCUUGGACUUCAUGGUUAAUGGAAAUGUGAGUAACUAUGGGCAAAUCUGCAAGAGAAUGUUAGUCACAAGACCAGAGGGUCUGAUAGAAAAGGAGAAGUUUUCCAGACUGAUUCUUGACAUCAUAAGGGAAGGUAAAACUAACAAAUGCAUCAGUUUGUUGGAGAGGGCUUCAAAUUUGUUCUCCACAGACCCUUUUUAUCCUCAAGCACUUGCACGUUUGUAUUACAUUGGGGUAACGGAGGAAAACAAAUAUCGUAAGGCAGAAAAAUGGGCAAAUGAGGCCAUUAAAAGAGACCCCAAAAAAUCUUAUAUUAGGGACACACUGGGGCAAGUUCACAAAAACCACCUGCGGAGUGAAGUUAAAAAACCAUGCACAAACAUAGACAAAAUGUUGCUCAUUGCACAGUCUGCCAUUGAUGCAUUUAAAUGUGAAGAGAAAGCAGCUGAAGAUGAGUUAGAUGGUGACACCAAAUUCAAUAACAGGGGCCACUUUGGUUUUCUGCAGGUUUGCAAGGAAAUGUAUGAUUUAAAGCCCUUAAUAAGUCAAAAUAAUCAUCUUCAACAAAAAUACCAUGAUUUCAUCAAUGGUCUCAGAGCUGAAGUUGAGUCGAAAUAUGACUUCUUUGAAUGCUACCUGACAUUCUCAAGACUAAGCAACAAAAAAGAUGACCCAGAUUACAUUUGUCAAGAUGUUGAAGAUUGCUACAAGCGAUAUUUUACACAGGGAGACCAGAAUGAAGAAAAUACCCUCAAUGAGAAAAAAAUGAAGUCUUUUGGAGGACUGCUUCAUUUCCUAGAGUCUGACAUUCAUGUGCUUGAACUGAAUUUGAUUGCAAUUGAAAAACUCCAGUCCAAAAAUGAAACCCAAACCAUUCUCUACAUUCUUGCCAACAUCAUCUUAAGUCAGUCUGAUAAACCAUCUGAAAAAUCACAAGAGCUUCAGGACAUGUUACAGAAACUCUGGUCGACAGAAGCUCAUGGCAGAAGCCCAGAGUUUUACCUCUUGAUGCUUUUGCUCUUUUGGUCUCAUGAAGCAAAGCAAGAGAAGGAAAACCCUCCAAAUUUUGAAAACUAUGUCAAAUAUAUGAGUCAGUCAUACGAGAGGACGUAUCAGAAAUACCUUCACGGUCGCCACCUGGUACCUCUGUUCUUCUAUGGGAAAGGAGAAGGCUUGCAGAUACUGGUUCACUCAAAGCUAGAUAAAACUGAUCUGGAUCUCCUCGCUGAAGGAGAUGGAAGUGUAGAAAUCAAAUGUCUUCAGCGUAUCGAUGGGAAGGUGGAGGAUCAUAAAGUGUUUGCUGUUAGAAAUGGGCAACAGAUUCCAGUCGUCGCUCACAAUCGGGCCAGUGUGUGCAGACGAGGCCAAGUGUCGUUCUACCUCGGCUUCACGAUCAGAGGACCCGUUGCCUACAACAUCAGAUAUCAGAACUAGUUCAUGGAUGAUCAAAUGCCGUCAUUCAGAGUAUAAAUCUCUUCAUUGACACUGGAAAUGCUCAACAGUGCGGCUCAUACAAUGACAAAAUGAGAAAAACAUUCAUCUUUCUUCUCAGAUAUGAAUACAAGACUGUACAAGAACGAGACAACCUUAAUGUUUAUAUGAUAAUAUUUAGUGUGAUUAUAUUUGAAUUGCACUGUAUGAUUUAACUCUUCGACUAGGUGAAUGUGGGACCAAAUUUAUAAACUCAAAUGUCAAAGACAAAAUUUUAAAUGUCGUCUUAAUAUUUUUGUUUCUAUGUUCUGAAGAAAGAAAUGUGUGUGUUGGGUAUUAUCCAACAGACAAUUAGAUAAUAAUUAUUAGUUGUAAGUAGACUUCAGUCAUGGUACUGAAGUCCCUCUACAUGCAGAAUGUGGCUGUAAAACAUUACAGCAAGUCCAAAAUAAGUAAUUACAUAAGCUAAAUUAUGUCUAAUGGUGAUUAGAUCUGUAUUGUUCAUAAUCACAAUCUUACCACAUGUUCUGUUCUGACUCAAAUGCUGGUUUAAAACCAGGUAAAAGGUUUUCAUGUUUAUCUUAUUAGUCUAAUUAUUAUAAGUAAAUCGAAAUAUGUAACAAUAAAGAAGAUAAUUACCAAUGAAACAAACACUGCCCAUCCAGUCGUCCAGUUUUCCUAACUUAACCCUCUACUGCACACAUGUUGAUGGCACAUGAAAAAAAAAAAUAUUCCACAUAAUUUUUUGGUUCAUUUGGGAACAUUUUAUUGAUUAAAAAAAAUAUUUUUUCGUUGCCUCAGGGCAAC